AAAAAAAAUUAAAAAAACCGAGAAUUACAAGAAAAGCAAGAAAAGAAUCGUAUUAUCAUUCACUUUGUGGGAUUCGAAACACGCAUACGCAAAUUCGAGAUACGUAUUUAAAAAGGCGGACGAGGAUCUAGAUCGUUGCUGCUGGGCCGAGAUAGAGAAAGAGAGAGAGUGAAUCACGAUGCCGGAGAUUUCACCGCCGGCUGAGCUCUCCAAGGUUUCUUCUUCUUCAUCAUCUUCAUCUUCUUCCUCGAGUUCCGGCCGAGCUUCGGUUAAAAUCGAGGAGAUUGAAGGCGGCGUCGUCAUUGUCUCUGAAGAACUUGAAACCAAUCCAAAAACUGUUGUUGCCUCCAUUGCUGAUAACACCGUUGCUGCUGAAUCUUCUUCAGGUGGUGGUAAUAAAAGCUUUUCUCGAGUAUGGACAAUGCCAGUGGAAGGUUCAUCGAGUAGUGAAAGGGCUGAAUCAUCAACAUCAACAACAACAACACCAAUAACAACAAAGCAACCGUAUAGGUUAGAUAAAUCAAAGACUGAGAGGCAACAAAGAGUUACUCACAUUCUUGCUGAGGAUGCUGCUAAGAUCUUCGAUGACAAAAUCUCUGCUGGGAAGAAGCUUAAAUUGUUGAACCGUAUAGCUACUGUAAAACAUGAUGGGACUGUUGAGUUUGAAGUUCCAGCUGAUGCUAUCCCUCAGCCUAUUGUUAUUGACCGUGAAGAUUUCAAAAACGGUGUUUGUGGUGAUGAGUCUAUUGAUGGGGUAGACCUUCAGUAUAUCCCUCCUAUGCAAAUCGUGAUGCUAAUUGUUGGAACUCGCGGUGAUGUUCAACCUUUUGUUGCUAUAGCCAAACGGCUUCAGGACUAUGGACAUCGAGUUAGACUUGCAACUCAUGCUAAUUUUAAAGAGUUUGUUUUGACUGCUGGAUUGGAGUUCUAUCCUCUAGGUGGAGAUCCAAAAGUGCUAGCCGGUUAUAUGGUUAAGAACAAGGGUUUCUUGCCAUCAGGCCCUUCAGAGAUCCCAAUUCAACGAAACCAGAUGAAAGACAUCAUAUAUUCUCUACUUCCAGCAUGUAAAGAACCUGAUCCUGAUUCUGGGAUUUCCUUUAAAGCUGAUGCAAUUAUUGCCAAUCCCCCAGCUUAUGGACAUACCCAUGUGGCAGAAGCACUGAAGAUACCGAUUCACGUAUUUUUCACCAUGCCAUGGACGCCUACAAGUGAAUUUCCACACCCAUUGUCACGUGUCAAACAAUCAGCAGGAUACAGACUUUCGUAUCAAAUCGUUGACUCGUUGAUCUGGCUUGGCAUAAGAGAUAUGGUAAAUGACCUGAGGAAAAAGAAAUUGAAACUACGGCCUGUUACAUAUCUAAGUGGAACACAAGGAUCUGGAUCUAAUAUCCCACAUGGAUAUAUGUGGAGUCCUCACCUUGUCCCAAAGCCAAAAGACUGGGGGCCUCAAAUUGAUGUUGUGGGAUUUUGCUUUCUUGAUCUUGCAUCCAACUAUGAACCUCCUGCAGAGCUUGUGGAAUGGCUAGAAGCUGGUGACAAGCCCAUAUAUAUCGGCUUUGGUAGUCUGCCUGUGCAAGAACCAGAGAAAAUGACAGAAAUCAUUGUGGAAGCACUUCAAAGAACUAAACAGAGAGGAAUCAUCAACAAAGGCUGGGGUGGACUUGGAAACUUGAAAGAACCAAAAGACUUCGUUUACUUGUUGGAUAAUGUCCCACAUGACUGGUUAUUCCCGAGAUGCAAGGCUGUGGUUCAUCAUGGUGGUGCUGGAACUACGGCUGCUGGUCUUAAAGCUUCGUGCCCAACUACAAUCGUGCCAUUCUUUGGAGACCAACCUUUUUGGGGAGAACGAGUGCAUGCUAGAGGUGUAGGUCCUGCACCAAUCCCAGUUGAUGAAUUCUCACUUCAUAAGCUUGAAGGUGCCAUAAACUUCAUGCUCGACGAUAAGGUGAAGAGCAGUGCAGAGACGCUAGCAAAGGCGAUGAAGGAUGAGGAUGGUGUGGCUGGAGCCGUGAAGGCCUUCUUUAAACAUCUUCCGAGUACGAAACAGAAUGUUCCAGAACCGGUCCCUGAACCUGCUGGAUUUCUCUCUUUCAGAAAAUGCUUUGGCUGAAAAUUUAACGUUUGUGAAGUGCUUUGGAAAUUGAUGUUUUAGUGUCUUGAGCUGCAACUUCUACGGAAUGGUGUACAGAAACAAAAAAUCUCUAUUAUUUUUAUUAAAAUGUGUUUGUGUGUUACCUUUUUUGGUCAUUAACUGAUCAAUGUAAGAACAUGCUUGAUUGCGGUACGGUGUUGUUACGGCAGAUGAAUGAAUUUUUCAAACGUGAUGAGCUA